AUGGAAAACUUUAACGAGUACUGGGAACUGUUUGUUGAUAAAAAAGAUUCAAUAGCCAAAGAAAUUAUUGCGUACUACAAAACACUGGAUGACCAUGAAGAUGGAACCGAACUAUCCGAGCAAUGUCGGCGAUUUUUCCGCAAAAAUAUGAUCCAAAACCCAUACCCAACCUGUCAGCUUCUGAAACUGUUGGCCAUGUCGAAAAUCGCGACUAAAAACUCCGUUAUUCACGAAGUUGCAACAGCAGCUGUGCUGGAAGUGUUCGAGCAACAGGAGCAUAUUGAUCCCGACAAGUGCUAUAACGUUCUAGCGAAUAGUUUGAUGCCAGCUAGAGCAACCAAUCGCUUAAAAAUGUGCAUUUUCAAAGCGUUGGAGAAGAAAACAUUGGAUCUCGAGUUGGUGAUGCUAGCGAUAUUUUCAAGGAAAAGUGUUAAAUUCAUCGUUCACCUGCUUCCAGAGUUGGUGGCACCUCUACACCAGCAACAGACAUGGGACGCGUUCGAUAGAAAGCAACACUUCUUCAUCGAAAUGCUUAAAAAUGGUGCAUUUUCACAUUAUGUGCAUCAAGCCAAUUACAUACGCUUUGUUGAACAGGCUUGGUUGGCAAGUAGCAGCGGAACUGGUACCUUUUCAUCCACUGCAGACGAGCUGGCCUGUUUGUCUAGCCUAGAUAAAUCGUAUCUUACAGCUUAUCUGCUGGAACUACAGCGUUGCAACAUGAUACAAAAAACUCUUCAAUUCGACGAAGCUCUACUACCGCCGAAAGAUUUUCCCCAACAUGCAACAGUGCUGGGUAUGAUGCUGCGUGCCAAAGUGGAUUUAAAUGAGACUGAUUUUGCGAAGUUGGUCACCGUGAUAAGAACGAAUCGAGUGUUAAACGAGCAGAUAAUGGCCAUGAGUAAUGAAGCGUCUGAACUGAGAAACUCGGAACUAAUGGCGUUGUUUCAAAUACACGCAAUAUUCAUGCUGUGCAAAGCAAUAGAAGCAUCCAACGGUUCGCCGGAAAGCGCUCUUAUCGCUACAAACAAUCUCGACACACAACUAAAAUGCCUUUGUAAAGAGAUGGACAUGGAAACGUUCAUGCAAACAACAGAAUCGCUCUUUACGAUGCUGUUUGUGCGUGGAGAAUUACUUUACACCGAACCAAACGUGCCAGAACGGAAGAAUUUUUUGUGCAGCGUAACCCUGCUAGCCACGCUAACGUCCAGCAUGAAAUCUAUCAUGAUAGCGAGGAAGCAUUCAGCUUCGUACCACGAGGCAAGCGACAAGCUGAAGCAACGCUUCCAAACGCUCUUCGAUCUUGUCACUGAUGUAUGCUGGCGCUUAUCACUGUUUGAUGAGCAUACGGGAUCGGAAAGCACCUCACUUGACCCGGUAUGCGUUCGUCAAAUGCAUCUCAUCGAUAUGUCACCCGUGCCGACAACGUUGACGCAUAUGGUCGAAAAUUACGGCGAAUCGGCUUCGUCCGGUAGCGCCAAACUGUUCCGCAGCGUUGAAUCUAUCGCGGCAAUGGACAUUAUUGGCAAUAGCCAACGGCAUCGGUACGGUUAUUAUGGUACGCUACCAAAGCAUAAAUCCUCCCGACGGCAAGCCCGACAUCCGCUAAUGGCCACCGCAUCGAGCAAUUCGGGAGGAAGCAAUAAAGAUCUACAGCGGCAAGGAUCACUAUCGGUCGAUACGAAAACCGACGAUCGUAAUGGUGCGGGCAUGGAAAAUCUUACCGGUGGCAGUACACGGAGCGUUUUUGGAAGCAAGAAAAAUUUCACUAAACUGUUUGCAACGCCCGAAACGCUAGCGGUGAUGUGUCUUACGAAUAGCAAGAUAAGCUUUGCGAAACAAAUCAUCGAUACGCAUAAUCUGCAGGAUCGGCCCGUCGGCAAGCUCGUGGAACGAAUUGGACAAAUACAGAAUCUCAAGAAUGAUUUAACCACGCUGAUAAAGAAAAGCGAACGGAAGCAAGAAGCGACCUUGGGGUUCGGUGAAACCCAAUCGAGCGACAGUAAUAGCGAUGUUUUGCUGGACGAUAUUCGGCUCAAAACAGCAAAGGGCUUUAAAAUAUCCAAAGUGUUGAGUACGCUGGAAACAUAUCUAAAGUCACAAACGGCCUGCACAGAUGACGAUGUGCUUGCACCGAUGGAUCGAUACGUAUCGCGGUACCCUUUCCUUGGUAUUCUCACCGGAAAAAAUCUACAGCUUAGUCAAAUCGUCGAUAUCAUCUUUAACUUGCCGUUUAAUUAUGAGCUAAAUCUCGCUAUUUACAAUUUCGUGUUAAAAAAUUCACAUCACACAACGAAUCUAGUCUCGAGUGUAAUGUCCACCAGCGUGGCCGGUCAUGGUGGGGAAACAUUACAACCGUUGGUCGGGAAUUACGUUUCCUUUUUCGGUACAAUCAUCGACACGCUUCAGAUAUCGCACAAGACGGUGCGGACGCGAGGAAGUAUCACCGACUUUAAUCUUACCAUAGCAGAGCUGCUGUCACGGGAGGUGUGUCCACUGGACACGAUGGAAAACGGAGUAGUUUGGAAAAGGCGGGCAAGCUUCUACGAUACAGUAGAGCGUUGCGAUGAGCUGGAGUUUGUAGAGGAUCUGGAACGAAUCUGUGCUACGGUCAAGGGUGGUGGGGCAGCAUCGUUUGCGAAGGUGAAACAAUAUUUGGAACAUUUGACAAAGUUACUGCUAUCGUUGCAAUUGAAAUCCAACGACGAAGCCGGUUGCACUUGCCAUGGAGAUCUGACCAAAGUAAGAAACCUUAUUCAAACGGACGUACAAAAGCUCAUGUUGGAACGCUUGUUUGAAAAGCGUGUAUCAUUUAGCGCCAUGGAUGCCAUGUGUGGUAUGUUGGGUGUCAAUCUUGUGCAAACGUUAGGGAAAAAAAUUCUUGGACCGAAAGACGAACCUAUCGAACCUGUUUUGCGGAAUGUGGACGGCUUAUGGGAAUUUAUCGCAAGCAAAAGUGAACUCUUGCGCCAGUUAUGUACGUUUGAAAUGGACAGUUUCCAGACAGCGGGUCAUUCCUCUCAAAUCGGCAGUUUAAAAUCUCCAAUCUAUAACUACAGUAAACUGGUCCGCGCUACUACUAGCCAGUUGAAAGAUUUACCAAUCGGAUGUAGCUCCCAUGUUCGGCCUUUCAAUUCAAUGGUUCCCCAAAUAGAGCUCUUCCCGUUGGAAUGCAUCCGACCGUGCUGUAUGCUAGAGAAAAAGGAAGGAAAAUACUACGCCAAAGUAGAAUCCAUUAUGCUAAUAGAAGAACCUUCGAUGGAACAGAAGGCCAUCGCUUUACUCGCAAAUGUUGAUAAAUUCCCGGAAGCAAACGAGUGGAUAAGCGCAUCCGAGCAUCUCCUGACAACCAUGCCGAAAAAUGUUGACGAGAAACAGGUUGGAAUUUUGCCAGCAACACGCCAUCAAUUGCAGCAAAAGGCAAACGAACUUAGGACGUACCUACAGAUCUGCAAAAUUCUUCAACUUCCAACCGAUGGCGAAUCCCGCACUGGAGAUGGUUGGCAGCGAGCGCAGUCAUUUUCUGCAGCAAAUAAAAGUACCAUCCUGUAUCAACUGAUUGAUCAGGGCGAGUAUCGGGUGUGUGCGGAAUGGAUUAAGCUGCACCCGAUUGAUGCGGAGAAGGAACUAGAGAUGUUCAUGUACGCCGUCCACAAGUUGUCAACAGCAUCCGCCACCCUAUCGAUCGUUCCAACGGAUCCUCAGCACGGCGACGACGUACCCAUUGCUUGGCUAUUUCGAAUCAUUGAAACAAUGCCGAUCGUAUCCGUAGUGAAACUGUACGAAACGAUAAUACUCAACAUUAGAAGCGUUCCGGUGGUACGUUACAUGCUGGACUACUUGCAGCGUUACACCAAGACGAAACCGCUGUAUCAAAAGUAUCAGCUGUCUUUGAAAAUUUUCGAACAUUUGUCACGCGAGGAGUACCAUGGACUGUGGAAUCUGGCCAGCCGACCGUUACUAAUCAUUGAACAGUGUCUGAUGAACUCGCGCCUCGAGCUACUGUCCACGGUGAUACGAUCGAUCAGAGACCUGCUAGUGACCGAUGUCUGUACACACUGUUACGAGCACAGGGAGUACAUUCGAGAUCUGCGGGACGCUGUGCAGAGUGGUACGGGUCAGCAACCGGCACCACCGUUAUUACGUCGCUAUCCCGUUCACGAUGGACUUUUCAUCAGUCACGAAUGUGUGGACUGUCUGUUGCGCGUGUAUGCCGGCAAAGCACUGGAGUACAAAGUGUUCCCGGACAUUACACCAUCCGGGGACGCAUUGAAUGACGAUUCGGUACAAGUGCUGGGACCGGUGAGUCGUGUAUCGAGUUACGAUUCUCUCAGCGAAGUCGGUCAACCGUUUGUAAUGCCGAAAGAAAUACCUUCCCGCGAUCGUUGGGUGAAGGACGAGGAAGCUCUGCAUUGUAUGUGCUGUCGUAGAACGUUUUCGAUGCUUAACCGUCGACACCACUGCCGCCGGUGUGGUCGAGUUGUGUGCCAUUCCUGUUCCAAAAAAAAGAUGCGCCUACAAAGCUUUUACGAGGAUGUUGCCGUACGAGUUUGUGACGAUUGUUGGCGUAAUUUGAUGGGAACACAAUCGAAAGACUUGCAGCAGAUAGAACAGGGAACACCGGUAACGAGUGGGACACACUCGCGGAGCUCCGAUUCUAGCAGUCAGUUCGAGUGGCAGCUAACGGGCAACGAGCGGUACGAUAACGUUAUCCGCGAUGAGUACAGCUACGAGUAUGCUCCGUCCACGAGCCAGUGUCUGGCCAUCUGUAACUUGCACACACCGAAUGAAGAGAUGGCCAGCUUUCUACUUUAUCACUGUGCCAAACUGGAAGCUCUGUUGCGUCCGCUGCAUCCCGGGAUUCCGAAUCCCGAGAUCGAUUACGCUCUUGUAGCUCGUAUGUUGCUGAACUUAACGCUUGGCGUAAAAGUGCGCGGUGGUGGUGCCGAGGUGGAGAAGAUGAAGGAACAUGCGGAAAUUAUUCUUUCGAUCGUGCACGACAACUGUGAAUCGCUGCUGCUGCACACACCGUCAAUGACCAACCAUGGCAGCUUGCGUAAACUGCGGGAUGCACUCGUUAAGGCAGAAAAGUGGACGCUCGCAUUGGAACUGUCGCUCAAGUGUGGGUUUUCGUUGAACGGUGUAAUGGCAGCCUGGGGAAUGGCAUGUCUGCGUGCCGGAUGCUAUGAAACAGCACGAGAAAAAUUCUCACACUCUCUGCCGCGUGUUGCGUCCGAGGCCGAAUGUGAAGCGGUGCUGCGUAUGAUCGAGAUGCCAGCGUUGGUCAGCAAUAACGCGUUUAAAGCCCCAGUCGUCAAACGCCCCACCAGAUGUCCUGCGCUUUUGAACGAAAUAUUGUACGCUUUAUCGUGCACAGCCCGGCUGGGCGCACCGUCCGAGCGUGUGAUCGCUAGAGUAAAUGCGGCACGACAGGUUACGGCUGGCACUGUUGCAGCAUCGCACGAGCCGGCACUCAACAUUCUCAGUACACUUGCUAACCUGCGCAACAUCUGCCAAGGUGAGUUUGAGGGCGAUAUACCUGGCCCGAAUGCGGAACGGAUGGCGCGGAACGAUAAUGUGUCCAUCAUGUGUAGUCGACUGUUUGAGGAAUCCAUGCACUAUCUGUUGGCAUACGGUUCGCAUCAAAGUGUAGUCCAGUUUCUGAUGCGCUAUCAACAAACGGAAGUGGCCGCCCUACGGUACAUACUUGCACAACGCGUAGAGCCGGAUGUGUUCUUGCAAACGGUUCUGUUGCCCUAUCUGCAGCGUGGCGAGCUGGAAACGGUUGUACAGCGUUUGUCCGACAUCGAUGACACGCUGCUCGAGUGGCGUGAGCACAUUCGAUACGUUUGCCGGUAUCUCGAGACAAACGAUAUGCUGAACAGCCUGUACAACUUGCAGCUAUUACUGAAGGAUCCGAUACGAGCAAGCAUGACCUGUGUGCGGUUCUACACGAUGGGUUGUAGGACGUUUACCGAACUACAUGCAUCAGAGCAUCAUCUCAAAACUAGUGUUUCCCAUUUGCAGAACGAACUAGAGCUAUGCAACUGGCAAGAAGUACGCCUUAACAGCAUUGGUCGAGCCAUUGAAACACACCAUUCGCUGCUGAUGAAACUGGAUCCGAAAGAGUUGAACAAUCACAUCAACACCAUUCUGCUACAACUCGAAGUCACCAAAUUUCUGGCCACUUGUGAAGCGAAAGGACGCCAUACGAUCGCAUUGUUACCAAAGAUUUUUAGAGAUACGUCCCACCUGCCAACCCUGUUUGGCUCGAGCCACGAACGGCUGCAGCUCGCAAUACUGACAUUAGUUUGUGGACAAAAUGUGGAGGAGGCCUUCGGUCUUUCAUACAGAAUCAUCCAAGACUACAAUCUCGAUAUGCAGCGCGUGUAUGCGCUGACGGCAAAGUAUUUUAUCAACCAUGGAAAAAUUGAAGACGUCGGCAAACUGCUGGACGUGAUCGUCAGCAACGAGAGCAGCACGGGAGCAACCGAUCAACCAGCGGUAUCAGCCAUCUGCGAUGAAAUUGUGCGAGUUUCCGUGGAUGUGGCCAUUAAUCGACAUGGAACCGGUGUCCACACGAAAGUCGCACUGGAAACCUUGAUAAACCGGGCAAGUUCUGUAGCGGUACGUAUUCAUUGUUACAUUGUGUCCGGACAGUUGAAGGCAGCGUACUUGCUAGCAAACCGUCAUCAGCGGACGGGUGAUAUUCGGAAAAUAUUACGCCAAGCUGAACUACUCGGUCAGAUGCAUGUGAAGCGUUUGUGUGAGGCACGUCUUACCCAUCAGGAGACUGGUUCAUAAGUCACCAGUUAACAUUGAACAAGUGA